UUUCACGACAUCUGACGACCGAGGGAUAUAAAAUGGCCACCCCCUGUCGCUUCAGAUCAAUUCCCCGAGCAGAGCCCGCCAUUCCGCCGUCAUGAUCAAACCCGCUCUCUGGACCAGCUUGCUGGCUGUUACGGCCUCGGCCACUGCCAUUGGCAGCCGAAGCAGCACCAACACCACCAACUGCCGCUGUUUCCCCGGCGAUGCCUGCUGGCCUUCCCUCAGUGAAUGGGACCAGUUCAACCAGACCAUUGACGGUCGCCUCAUCAAGACCAUCCCCUUGGGCAAGCCUUGCCAUGCUCCCAACUAUGAUGCCUCGGUUUGCGCCGUCCUGAAGGAAGAAUGGACCGAGCCCGAGCUCCACUACACCUCCAGCAGCUCCAUCAUGGCCCCAUGGUUCGCCAAUGGCUCCUGCGACCCCUUCCACCCCGUCGCCAAGCCCUGUACGAUGGGCAACUACAUCGACUACGCGGUCAACGUCUCCACCCCCGCGCAUAUCUCUGCGGCGCUCCGCUUCGCCGAUGACCACAACAUCCGUCUGGUCAUCCGUAACACCGGACACGAUUACAAUGGCAAGUCCACCGGCGCCGGAGCCCUGGGCGUGUGGACUCACAACCUGAAGUCGAGAACCCUGAUUAGCAACUACACCGACAAGCACUACACCGGCCCGGCCGUCCGCUUGGGCGCCGGUGUGCAGGGCUUCGAGGCGUACGAGUUCGCCGACAACCACGGCUACCAGGUUGUGGGCGGCGAAUGCUCGUCCGUCGGUAUCGCUGGUGGAUACACUCAAGGUGGUGGCCACUCGGCUCUUUCCUCUCGCUACGGACUGGCCGCUGACCAGGUUCUGGCGUGGGAGGUUGUCACCGGCACCGGUGACUUCGUGACCGCCACUCGUGACAACGAAUACAAGGACCUCUACUGGGCUCUGAGCGGUGGUGGCGGUGGUACCUACGGUGUGGUGGUGGCCAUGACCUCCAAGCUGCACGACUCGACCCCUACUUCCGGCCUGAACCUGACCUUCACCAACUCCGGCAUCAGCCAGGACACCUUCUUCGAGGCCGUCACCCUCUACCACACUCUCCUCCCCAGCAUCGUCGACGCCGGUGUCAUGAGCAUCUGGUACUUCACCAACACCACCUUCUACAUCUCCCCUCUGACCGGCCCGGGCAUCCCUCUCUCCACCCUGCGCUCCCUGGUCGCUCCCUUCGAAGCCGGCCUCACCAAGCUCGGCAUCCAAUACACCCUGGUGGCCAAGGAAUUCGACACCUACCUGGAGCAAUUCAACACCAUGGAAUCCGAGAUCGCCGUCGGCAAAGCCCAAUACGGCGGAUGGUUGAUCCCCCGCGAUGUCGUGACCCAGAACACCUCCGCCCUGACGGAAGCCUACCGGAAGAUCGUCUCCGACGGGGCCACCUUCAUCGGCGUGGGUCUGAACGUGAACCACUCCGUCUCCGGCGACGUGGACAACGCGGUUCUGCCCGCGUGGCGUGACGCCCUGAUCGAUACCACUCUCACCACGCCCUGGGAAUGGGAUGCGCGGGAUGAGAUGAUCGUCGAGCAGAACAAGAUGACCGAUAUCUAUAUCCCCUUGCUCGAGGCCUUGUCUCCGAACUCUGGAGCAUACAUGAAUGAGGGUAACUUUCAGCAGCCGGAAUGGAAGAAGGCGUUCUAUGGCUCCAACUAUGAUCGUCUCUUGGCGGUCAAGAACAAGUAUGAUCCCAAUGGAUUGUUCUAUGCUCUGAAGGCGGUCGGUUCCGAUGCUUGGACGCAGUUGGAGGAUGGAAGGUUGUGCCGUGCUUAGGGUAAUGUACAUAGAUGAUGAUUGUAUAUAGUCGAGUUGUGGACUCGUGAUUACUUAAAGUUUAUAAUUUAGAAGAAACCCAG